UCUGCCCUGGGCCUGGCAAUUACCUACGCCACUCUUUCUCUACUUCCCUCUAGUGUCUCGACUACAUUGUGAGAGUGAAUCUUUCAAGAUGGACCUGAUCUUAGAUGUAAACAUUCAGAUUUACCCUGUGGACUUGGGUGACAAGUUCCGGUUGGUCAUAGCCAGUACCUUAUAUGAAGAUGGUACCCUGGAUGACGGUGAAUACAACCCCACAGAUGAUAGACCUUCCAGGGCCGACCAGUUUGAGUACGUAAUGUAUGGGAAAGUAUACAGAAUUGAGGGCGACGAAACUUCUACUGAAGCAGCAACGCGUCUCUCUGCCUACGUGUCCUAUGGUGGCCUGCUCAUGAGGCUGCAGGGUGAUGCCAACAACCUGCAUGGAUUUGAAGUGGAUUCCAGAGUUUAUCUGCUGAUGAAGAAACUGGCCUUCUGAAGCACCCAGGAAGCCAACCUUGCUGCUUAGUCACUCAGGACUUGGACAUCCAUUCGAGCCUGAGGAGCAGUUACUAUUGGCCACCUGUUCAGGAAGGGCUGGCUGGCUGGCCACUGGGGGUGCAUCUUUAGGUGGUCUGGACUCAAUGGGAAACUUGCCUGUGAAAGACCCAGUGGGAGGGCUUAAAAGGAAUCAGAAGUUGUUUGUGUAUAUGAUUUUUUAAUUAAACUUUACUUUUUCAGACUCUU